GAUAAGUAUAACUCAAAGGCGACAUCAGCACCAUCGAUUGUGUCUCUUCUGUGCUGUUUUGUCCUCUGGGACUUUGUUAGCCCACGCCGUUAAGACGCUGUGCUUCUCGCCAAGAUGGAAACGUCGUUGGACCCGUCGCGCCUUAACCCGGAUCUUCGGACACUUCUGGCUGAAGCCUCGUUGGCCGGCACGAGGAAUCGUCGUCAGCUUUCCUGUACACCUUGCAGACAACGGAAGUCAGUGAUCCGAAUAGCUUUCGCUAGCUUUUCAGCCAACCACGUCAACUCGAGGAUGGGCUGAUGGGCAGAAUAGGUUGAAAUGCAAUCGAGGAAGACCAUGCGAGAACUGUGCCAGGAGAGAAGCACAUCAAACCUGCACCUAUCCGGACUUUGCCAAACGUACCUCAACGAAAUCGACCAAGGUGAAAGAGCGCAUCAAUCGCCUGCAGACGGUCUUUCUGGAGCUGUCCGAGAAGAAUGAUACAACAACCCAAAGUAUUAUCCAAGGCGGCGGCUCCGAAAAUGUGCAAUCGACGGAGCAGGAGAAAUUGUCCCCGGAACACCUCCAGCAACAAAAUGAUUCAACGACGAAAUGGGAAGCCAUAUUAGAAGACAUCACCGGGAUUAGGGAUUACUUUGAAGAAAACGACGAGUCCCUGAAACACGACAUUGACAAACUGCAAAUCGCAAGGCCCUCGCCCAAGGUCUGGGAUGUCAUAUACGGAGUCAACCACCGGCAAAACAUAGGUGCCUUGCUCUCAUGCUUGCCCGAACGAUCUCAGGUCGACAGGCUCAUUGCAAAGUAUUUUGAAAUGCUGGCGUUUUUCAGACCUGUGAUUCAUCCUAAGCAGUUCCAGCGAGAGUACCACCAAUUCUGGAAGAAUCCAACCGCCGUCUCGGUACCCUGGCUGGGGCUUCUUUUCUCGAUGCUCCAACUCUCGGCGCAAGUGUCCAGCCAGCUUCGAAGCAACGCUUCGCAGCCUGUCCUCGACAUGGACGAGACGGUGGCAAACUUCAGACACUGUGCGCUUGAAUGUCUCACAUUGGAAGACUACGCAAAGGCCGACAUCCAUCUGUUGCAGGGCAUGCUCACGCAUCUCGAGGCAGAAUACUUCCAGUCCCUAGACCCUCAAGCCAACUUCUACAUCCUGACCGGCACCAUCGUCCGCGUAGCAUUGAUGAUCAACCUGCACCGGGAUCCGCGCCAUUUCAGCAACCUAUCCCCCUUCGAGGCCGAGACACGCCGUCGUCUGUGGCUGUGCAUCGUCCAUGGUGACAUCCUGCUCUCCUUCCAAAUGGGUCUCCCAUCGAUGAUCCCUUACGGACAAUCCGACACCGGCAUGCCCAAGAACCUUCGCGAAGACGAUUUCGACGAAGACACAAAGGUGCUUCCAGAAAGUCGGCCCAUAGACGGCACGACCAACGUGGCCUUCUAUCUGGCAAAGGCUCCUGUCAUCGAAUUACUGGGCCGCAUCGCCACCCACUUGCAAGACGUCCAUGUCCCCAAGGAAGCAGUCCACAACCUAGAUGCCCAGCUCCGUACGGCACGAGCCGGCGUACCUGCAUAUUACCAGGUCCGCCCGAUCGAAGAGGCUCUCAUUGAUCCCGCGUAUGUCAUCAUGCGCCGCUACGCAGUCGAUCAGAUCUGCUUGACCGGGUUCUGCAUCCUCCAUCGGAAAGGCAUGGUGGCCGCCAGAUUCGACGAGCACUCCAUCUACUCGCGGAAAGCAUGCAUCGACGCCGCCAUGACAAUGCUCGAGUACCAGAACGUCCGACAUCACGAGAGCAAGCCUGGCGGGCGCCUCGCUGGCCUCAGAGGCACGAUGCUGUCAUUCACGAAAAAUGACUGGCUUCUGGCCGCCAUGCUGAUAUGCCUGGACAUCCACCUGUCCACCACCACCGCCACCAAGUCGACCAACAAGUCAAGCGAUCUCUCAAUCUGGGGCCGCGACCGUCGUGACGAAAUGCUCAAAGCGUUGGAGACCUCUUACUACAUUUGGAAGGAAUACAGCGCAGAGUCGGCGGAGGCCCUCAAGGCCAGCGAGGCACUGGCCGCGAUGCUAGCCAAGAUCCGGCCCGAGUCUGGUAUAAUGACCAAGUAUGGUGGUGUACCGGGGUCAUCAUCGUGUGCGAAUGGACGUUCCGAGUCGGUCCCCGACUCGAAUAUGACUUCUUGCGCUCCGCUUCAAAGUUCGACUUCUCGUGCAGGCCUGCAGGUCCCGGAUAUGUUUGCUGAGCCUGGGAAUAUCGAUUGGGAUGAACUGGAUCGUUAUUUCAUCAGCACUGGUACCGCUCCUGCAACCGUGGAUAACACAUUCGGCUCCGCGGAAGACUGGCUGAACAACGACUUGUGGACUAUGUCCCAAGAUUGCUGAUCAUGUUCCCUGGCGGCCAGGCGGCCAGGCGCCGCCGCCGACGACCAUGGCCACCACCAAAAGAACCAAAAAAAUCUCUCGCGGCGGUUCUCAUCCCUCUCCAUAUUUUCUUUCUUUCCCUCCAUCCCACAAUCAAGUCCUCUACGAUCCACAUCUACUCCG